ACCCAGAUGACUCGUCUCAAUCGUUAGAACGGAUGGCACCUGUUGCGUUCAAAGGGAAACCGGGAGGCCAGUGCUGUUGGUCGCGUGGAACCGUCGCGCGUUUAGUGAACUCAAUAUCUCUGAAACGUGAAGUUACAGAGUAACAGCAACCGUCUAUCGACUCUCGUAGCUGAAACAAACAGUCUCGUCUGUGAAACACGUAUUUAUCUAUAGCAUUUGCCUCUGGGAAAAACACAUGACUGACUGAAAUUAUUACAGUUUGGUGACUGAUAUUGGCCAACAGGAUGCGUCUGAGGCGUCGUCUCUCUCCACUGAAGCUUACUGUUCUGGGCGGCACUGUUUUCAUGGUAAUUUUGGUGGUGCUCCAGAGGGACGUUGGUAGCGGUUCACUUCAGGACCCCUGGCUGCAAGAUCUCUCCAACAAAAAGGAAAGGGUAUUCGAGAUGGUCCGUGGGGCGGUUAACAACUUCGCCUUCCAAAUUGGUGCCCCGCAGCCCCCAUCAGUGGGAGUGCUGCCCACCGAGAACCGAAACUGCCCUUCGGGUUUCUACUCUCAGGUGGAUCUCAAACCGUGGAUCGAGAGACCUCCCCUGGACCCUGAAGCACCAGGAGCCAAUGCUGCAGCCUUCCAGAAAGCCAGCAUGACUGCGGAGGAGGAGAAGGAAAAGCAGGAGGGCAUGACCAGGCACUGCUUUAACCAGUUUGCCAGUGACCGAAUCUCCUUGCACCGAAGUCUUGGAGAUGACACCCGUCCACCCGAGUGUGUUGAGCAAAGGUUUCGCCGUUGCCCUUCUCUCCCCACCACGAGUGUGAUCAUUGUGUUUCACAACGAGGCAUGGUCAACACUUCUGCGCACAGUGUACAGCGUGUUGCACACCUCCCCGGCGGCUUUCCUCAAAGAAAUCAUACUAGUGGAUGAUGCCAGUACAGCAGAACACCUCCAUGAGAAGCUGGAGGAGUACGUGAAGUCACUGAAGAUCGUGAAGGUAGUGCGUCAGCCGGAGAGGAAGGGCCUCAUCACUGCAAGGCUUCUUGGAGCCAGCAAAGCACAGGGAGAAAUCCUAACCUUCCUAGAUGCUCACUGUGAGUGUUUCCAUGGCUGGCUCGAGCCUCUCCUUGCUCGCAUUGUUGAGGAACCCACUGCUGUGGUGAGCCCUGAAAUUUCAACCAUUGAUUUAAACACUUUCCAGUUCUACAAGCCAGUGGCUUCGGCCCGUGCCCAAAACAGAGGCAACUUUGACUGGAGUCUCACAUUUGGCUGGGAGGCCAUUCCAGAUUACGAGAAUGCUAAACGCAAAGAUGACACGUACCCAGUAAAAACCCCAACAUUUGCUGGUGGUUUGUUCUCUAUAUCUAAGGCCUAUUUUGAGAAAAUUGGGACCUACGAUGACAAAAUGGAGAUAUGGGGUGGAGAAAAUGUUGAGAUGUCUUUCAGGGUGUGGCAGUGUGGCGGACAGUUGGAGAUAAUCCCCUGCUCUGUCGUGGGUCAUGUGUUCCGCACCAAGAGUCCUCACACCUUUCCCAAAGGUACAGAGGUCAUUACACGUAACCAGGUGCGCUUGGCUGAGGUGUGGAUGGACGACUAUAAGCAGAUUUACUAUCGACGCAGCCAAAGUGCAGCUAAAAUGGCCCAAGAUAAGGCCUAUGGUGACAUAUCUGACCGUUUUAAACUCAGAGAAACCUUACAGUGCAAGAACUUUUCUUGGUACCUAACCAAUGUCUACCCAGAAGCCUUUAUCCCUGAUCUUACCCCUGUCAAGUUUGGAGCUCUCAAGAAUAGGGGAUCACAGCAAUGUCUGGAUGUUGGAGAAAGUAACGAUGGGGGAAAGCCUGUGAUUAUGUAUGUAUGUCACAACAUGGGCGGCAAUCAGUACUUUGAAUAUUCGUCACAUAAUGAGCUGAGACAUAACAUAGGGAAACAGCUCUGCCUGCAUGCGUCUCCUUACCCAGAGCCAGUGAAGAUUGAGCUCUGUACGCUGAAGGGCAAAGGCAGCAGUUUGUCUCCUGAACAAGAAUGGGUGUUCACAGAAGAGCAACUACUGAAGAAUCCGUCAUCUGAAAAGUGUCUCCAUAAGAAAGGAGACAAGAUAUUAAUGAGCCCCUGCAAUCCAGAAGACCAUCACCAGCAUUGGUCUAUCAGUUGACCUCACACUCCAAUCGAGGAGCAAGGACAUUCACUCCCAUGAGACCCACGAGGGAGGGCCAGCUGACACACUCACUGUAGGCCUGAGCGGAUGCAUUAGGACAGGGGUAACCAACCCUGCUCCUGAUGAUCGACUGUCCUGCAAAGUUUAACUCCAACCCUAAUCAAACGCAGGAUUGGAGCUGAACUUUGCAGGACAGUCGAUCGCCAGGAGCAGGUUUGGUUACCCCUGCACUAAGAGAUAGUUCAUAUCCAUAAGCUCUCGAAGACAUUGAUCAUAGAUCAGACUGGGGUCAGGUACUCAGGGAAGACAGAGUGGAGCUCAUGCGCAUCGACCUACUGGAGUGAACAAUCCAGCAGCAAGAUUGUUUACUUGAUGCAUUUUAUUGCCUUAUUGGUGAUGUUUACUGCUGCUUUUAAAUGGGUAUAGGUUUUAUUUAUUUUUUAAGAAAUGGAAAAUUUAAUAUUUUUUUUAUGAACAUUGUUAGUGUUAAGGCCAAUGAAUGGCCGGCCUUGCCAACGUUACGUUUAAUGUUUGUAUGAUCCCAAUCAUUUGCACAUGCUGCAGGGGAUGAGGGUUUUCUUCAGCUCUAGUAAACUCACAAGGCAGCAUUGGUUUUAGAUCCUUCUCUUGUAUUUUUGAAGCCAUCAGGAUGUAUAAAACAGUAUGUGACUUGAAUUGCUUGAUUGUUUCAGUGUGCUGAGGACUUUUGGGGUAAAUCAUGCUCUAAUAAUGUAUACAUGUAAUUAUCGGUUCUGUCCUCUUUACCUCUACAUUAUUAUGGUUUAUACAUUUUGACUACACAGAUUUAUUCCUCAAUGAUAGAUUUCAAAUAUUUGAUUAUUUGAAAAUAUUUGAUGUAUAAAAAAAUACACACUCCCAGAUCA